AUGGCAACUGCAGCGAGUCAAAAGCAGGUCUCCAAGAAGCGUAAGUUCGUCGCCGAUGGCGUGUUCUAUGCGGAGCUUAAUGAACUUCUCACUACUAUCCUUGCUGAAGAUGGUUACUCUGGUGUCGAGGUCCGUGUGACUCCUAUCAAGACUGAGAUUAUCAUCCGUGCUACUAGAACUCGUGAGGUCCUUGGUGAGAAGGGUCGUAGGAUUAGAGAGCUCACUGCUCUUGUUGAGAGACGUUUCGAUUUCCCUGAGAACUCCGUCGAGCUCUUUGCUGAGCGUGUCGAUAAUCGUGCUCUCUGUGCCCAGGCUCAAGCUGAAUCACUUCGUUACAAGCUAUUGGGUGGUCUUCCUGUUCGUAGGGCUGCUUAUGGUGUAUUAAGGUUUGUUAUGGAGAAUGGUGCUAAGGGUGUUGAGGUUACUGUAUCUGGUAAACUACGUGCCCAACGUGCUAAGGUUAUGAAGUUUGCUGAUGGUUAUCUCCUAUCUACUGGUACUCCUAAGGAGAUGUAUGUUGAUCAAGCUAUUCGUAAUGUCGAUAUGCGUCAGG